AUGGUUAAGGAGCAUUAUUUAGAUGGCAAGAUUAUUGAUCCGAAACGCGCGAUUCCUCGUGAUGAGCAGGAAAAGACAAGCAAGAUCUUUGUCGGAGGCGUCAGUCAGGAGGCGAAUGAGCAGGAUUUCAAGCAAUUCUUUAUGCAAUUCGGUCGCGUCAUCGACGCAACCCUAAUGAUCGACAAGGAUACUGGCCGGCCCCGUGGCUUUGGCUUCGUUACGUUCGACAGUGAGGCCGCUGUUGAAGCAGCGCUUUCGCGUCCUCUCGAAAUUCUCGGGAAGCCCAUAGAAGUCAAGAAAGCACAGCCACGCGGAAAUUUGCGCGACGAAGAAGACCGCAGGAACCGCCGCGGCAGGGACGGCUUCCGAGAAGGAAGUCAGACGGGCACCGAGGGAUCCCAGCAGCAGCAGCAGGGUGGUCAAGGGCAAGCUGGGGGUCUCACACCGCAAAUGAUGGCGCAGUACUGGCAGCGGAUGCAACAAUACUUUGCCAUGAUGCAACAGCAAAUGGCGGUGGCUACGGCUCAGGGGCAAGGCAUGGGAGCGAUGGGGAUGGGCGGAAUGAAUCCUGCCAUGAUGCAACAGAUGCAAAUGAAGCAGAUGCAGCAGAUGCAGAUGGGCAACAAUCAACAGCAAGGAAAUCUGAGUCCUCCUUCGCAGAGCCCGACUCCCCAGGGGAUGCCGCCACAGGGGAUGCAGAAUAUGAUGAAUCCCUCCAUGAUGCAGCAGAUGCAGCAGAUGCAGCAGAUGCAAAAUCAAGGCCAGGGCAAUACUACCGGGGCAAUGGCAGGGCAGAUGGGAAAUACUUUGGGAGGUGGCACUAAUAUGGGGAUGGGAGGCAAUAGUCCUGGAAAUAUGAACAUGGGUGGAAACUUCACGGGAGUCCGCGGUGGACCUGGGUACAAUGCUCACGAGCAGAUUGCCUUUGAGCAGCAAAAAUACGAACAGCAGCAGGCACGGCGGGCUAUUGAGAACCGAGCUUUUUCCCCCUACCAGCAGGGUGGUCCAACCUCGUGGGAAGGUAUGUACGAUGAAGUCCCACAGCCCAAUAUCCCCACGGGGCCUCAGGCCAUGAAUCGCGCUGGCAGUAUGGGACGCGGGCCGACACCGCAACCUCAAAGCGCCGCGCCUGCCAACGCGCCAACUGGUCCCAAGAAUGCUGGAAAGCCCGGCGCCAAUUACCGCGGUGGAGGCCGCGGAGGCCAUCGUGGCUUUCAUCCUUAUGCGCGAGGCUAA